UACUCUCCUUCCUUUCUCAUCCAUGCCCUUCAAAAACCUCACUCUCUCUCUCCUGACUCAAGUCCCCCAAUCGACCAAGCCCCUCUCCACCUUCCUCCACCGCCAUGGAACCAUCUCUGGAAGAUCUCGCCGAUGAUCUUGACAACCUUAGCAUCACCUCCACCACCACUAGCGCCACAACCACCACCACAAGCGCCACCAACACCACUGCUCAUGAAACUAAACACAGUACAAGUUCUGGGUCUGAAACCACUUGGACUAGCUCCAACAUCUCGUCAACUUCCUCCAAGCCCCACCGCCCACCUCCAUGCGAUCACUGUUGGCGCGCAAUCCUACGUUCCAACUACGAAAACUCAAUCCUAACACUAACUGAUCUCCGGUUCGUUCACCGGCUGGGAAGCGGUGACAUAGGGAGUGUGUACCUUGUGGAGGUUAAAGGAGGCAAUGGGUGUCUUUUCGCUGCUAAGGUGAUGGACAAGAAGGAAAUGGAGAGCAGGAACAAAGAAAGUAGAGCAAAGAUAGAGAGAGAAAUAUUGGAAAUGCUGGAUCAUCCGUUUUUGCCUACAUUAUAUGCAACUUUGGAUUCUCCUAGAUGGUCUUGUUUGUUAACGGAGUUUUGCCCUGGCGGUGACCUCCAUGUUCUCCGGCAACAGAAACCCGACAAGCGUUUCGAUGAAGCUGCCGUCCGGUUUUAUGCAUCGGAAGUUGUGGCUGCAUUGGAAUAUUUACACAUCAUGGGAAUUAUAUACCGCGACCUUAAACCAGAAAAUGUUCUUGUAAGAUCUGAUGGUCAUAUCAUGCUUACAGAUUUUGAUCUCUCCUUAAAAGAUGAUAUGUCAACUUCAACAGCUCAAAUUGUUUCUGAUCAAAACCAACCUACCACAAAUUCAAUGAGUGAUUACCCCAUUGAUCCACCUCAGUCUGCCGCAUCAUCAUGCAUUCUACCUAAUUGCAUUGUGCCUGCUGUCUCAUGCUUCUAUCCGAGGCGUCGUCGAAAAAGAAAAUUCAAUCAGCGUGGGACUCUUGAGAUUGUGGCGGAGCCAAUAGAUGUCCGAUCAAUGUCAUUCGUCGGGACCCAUGAGUACUUGGCGCCAGAGAUUGUCUCCGGCGAGGGGCAUGGCAAUGCGGUAGAUUGGUGGACAUUAGGCAUAUUCAUAUAUGAAUUGUUCUAUGGUGUGACUCCUUUUAAAGGGAUUGAUCAUGAGCUAACCCUAGCUAAUAUUGUAGCUCGAGCUCUAGAAUUUCCUAAGGAACCAAUCUUGCCGGCGUCGGCCAAGGAUUUGAUCACUCAACUUCUAGUGAAGGACUCUACAAGAAGAUUGGGUUCUACAAUGGGAGCAACUGCAAUUAAACAUCAUCAAUUUUUUAGUGGAAUUAAUUGGGCAUUAUUAAGAUGUAGAACACCACCUUAUGUUCCUCAAGUAGUACCUCGACCAAGUUUUAUCACAGAAAAUACUAGUAAUAAUUCAGUAGAAUAUUACUAGUCAUAGAGAAACCAAACAAAAAUUCUUUAUAUUUUUUUCCUUUUUAUUUUCUUGAGGAAAAAAGAAAAAAGGUACAGUGAAGAAGAAAAUUCAGGUAUCACAUAAAAACAAUUCUUUCUCAAAAUGUUUACCUGAAAUCAAUUACUUUUGGAAGAAAAAUUUAUUA